AUGGAGCCGAGUGUUAAUAUACUAUCUACAUCGCCUAUGGAUAAGCCAAAGUUAAUGCAGGGUGGCAAUUACAUAGCGGAGGGUCGCGACUCUAAAAAAUCAACAUGGCUCUUAUUUUCUCCCGAGACUCCGGAUCAAGCUGGUUCUUUGGAGAAAUUUCUGAGCAUCUUCUCAUCUCACGGCGUCAACUUGAGCCACAUUGAAUCUCGUUCAUCUGCCAGGAGGCCGGGAUAUGAAUUCAUGGUUGAGUGUGAACACGAAUCUGGAGACUUUGGGGCUGCUUUGGAUGAGCUGAAGAAGAGCACUGGAUAUCUCAACAUUAUUUCAAGGAACUACAAGGAUAAUAGAUCUGCGGUGCCGUGGUUCCCUCGCCGUAUUCGUGAUCUGGAUAGAUUCGCUAAUCAGAUAUUGUCUUAUGGAGCUGAGCUGGAUGCUGAUCACCCAGGCUUCACAGACCCUGAGUACCGCGCGAGGAGGAAGUAUUUUGCCGACAUCGCUUACAACUACAAACACGGCCAGCCGCUACCACAUGUAAACUAUACUAAAGAAGAAAUCAACACCUGGGGAGUAGUAUUUAGGAAGCUCACGGAAUUGUACCCGACUCACGCCUGCAAAGAACACAAUCAUGUUUUUCCGCUGUUAAUUGAAAACUGUGGUUAUAGGGAGGACAAUAUUCCACAGCUCGAAGACGUAUCUAAUUUCCUCAAAGAUUGCACUGGAUUCACUCUCCGCCCAGUGGCAGGUCUACUUUCUUCACGAGAUUUCCUCGCUGGCUUGGCGUUCCGUGUAUUUCACAGUACUCAAUACAUUAGGCAUCACUCCCGCCCCCUAUACACUCCUGAACCUGAUGUCUGCCACGAGCUCCUAGGUCACGCGCCAUUAUUCGCUGACCCCGCAUUCGCGCAGUUCUCUCAAGAAAUCGGCCUAGCUUCAUUGGGAGCUCCUGACGAUUUUAUCGAAAGACUUGCAACGUGUUUUUGGUUCACCGUUGAAUUUGGUCUGUGUCGGCAAGAAGGUCAGCUGAAGGCAUACGGCGCCGGUUUGCUAUCAUCAUUCGGGGAGCUUCAAUACUGUCUCUCAGAUAAGCCACAACUUCAGGAGUUUGAACCAGAAAUCACGGGAGAACAGAAGUAUCCCAUCACUGAAUACCAACCAAUAUAUUUCGUUGCUAACAGUUUUGAGAGUGCUAAAGAAAAGAUGAUCAAAUUCGCCCAAACAAUACCACGUGACUUCGGAGUGAGAUACAACCCAUACACCCAAAGUAUUGACAUCCUUGACUCUCCACGACAAAUGAAAGAUCUGCUGAAAGGCAUCCGCCAAGAAAUGGAACUACUCCUUGGCACCAUGGACAAAUUGUAG